AAUGGCGGGCGGGACUCCACUCACCCCACUCUCGCGUAAAAUAUGAAAUGAAAGUAUGAAACUGAAGAAAAUACAACCAUCACUGUCUCUGUUGAUUUGUUCAUUGAAUUCAAAAUUGAAAAUCCAUUUGAAUUGAAUUGGUAACGCUCAGAUAAACAGGGGUUUUAGGUUGAUUUGGUGAUUUCAUAGACUUUCUGUAGUUAAAAUUCUGUUUGGCGCAAUGGGAGGUGUCUGUUCGGGUGGAACCCCGAACGGUGGUUCAAAGAUUCUGGCGAAGAAUUCAGGAAAUUCUACGAAGGUAAGGACGAUGAGUAGCUUCGACAAGCAGAAAAAGGGUUAUUUUUCGUUUUCCGAUAUGGACGUUUAUGAGAAGGCCCCGCUGAAAUACGACUCUGGUGAGCUUGCAUUAUCCUCCUCAGGCAAAUUGAAGCCGUCGCCAAUAAGGACAGGUGCUAGCAAGGUGCCACAGGUGGGCUCAAUUUUGGGAAGGGCUGGUAUUGUUGGCCUAGAGAAGGCUGUGGAUGUCCUAGAUACACUUGGAAGUAGCAUGUCAAAUUUGAACCCCACAGGGGGAUUUGUUUCUGGGAUGGCUUCACGAAGGAAUAAAAUAUCUAUUCUAGCAUUUGAAGUAGCUAAUACAAUUGUUAAAGGAGCCAAUUUAUUGAGAUCUCUUUCUGGGGAAAAUGUCAAGUUCUUGAAAAAGGAGAUUUUAUACUCCGAAGGAGUACAACAAUUAGUAUCUACAGAUAUGGAAGAAUUGCUGAGAAUUGCUGCCACUGACCAAAGGGAAGAGUUUGACAUUUUCUCCAGAGAAGUAGUUAGAUUUGGGGACCUUUGUAAAGAUCCUCAAUGGCACAACUUAAGUCGUCAUUUUCAAAAAUUGGAUUCAGAUAUUACAACACACGGAGAGGAGGUAGAAAUUACAAUGCAAGAACUUUCAACCUUGGCUCAGCAUACAGCUGAAUUGUACCAUGAAUUUCAUGCAUUGGACAGAUUUGAACAAGAUUAUCGGCGGAAGCUCGAGGAAGUAGACUCCUUACAUCUCCCUCGAAGAGGAGAGAGUGUCAUGAUAAUACAGAGUGAGCUCAAACACCAAAGAAAGCUUGUGAGGAGCUUGAAAAAGAAAUCUCUCUGGUCAAAAAAUUUGGAAGAGGUCAUGGAAAAGCUUGUUGAUAUUGUCACCUUCAUAUAUCAAGCGAUAGUGGAGGCCUUUGGAAAUAAAGGAAUAGGGGUGGAUAGCAAGGAUCCAAUUCAUAGCCCUCAAAGACUUGGUGCAUCUGGUCUUGCAUUACACUAUGCGAGCAUCAUCAGUCAGAUAGAUAGUAUUGUUGCACGGCCAAGUGCUCUUCCUCCUAAUGUGAGGGAUACGUUAUAUCAUGCAUUACCAACUGGUGUUAAGACAGCUCUGCGUUCCCGAUUGCAAUCAUUUAAUGAGAAGGAAGAGUUCACGAUUCCCCAGAUCAAGGCUGAAAUGGAGAAGACCCUGAAGUGGCUUGUACCUCUAGCAUCAAAUACAACCAGAGCACAUCAAGGUUUUGGCUGGGUUGGAGAAUGGGCAAACACUGGUUGCGAGGUUAACAAGAAGACAGAUGCACAAGGUAAUCUGAUUCGCCUGCAGACACUCUACCAUGCAGAUAAGCAAAAGACAGAAGAAUAUAUCCUUGAGCUGGUGUCAUGGCUUCACCAUUUGAUUAGCCAAGUAAGACACAGAGACCAUGGAUUCAAGCCAUUCUUUCCUGUUCGUUCCCCAACCCGUAAAGCCCUACUUCUACCGCUGGAGAGCCAUCAAGAUCUACCCCUGGUCAAUAAUAAGAAAACCAACAGGAUUGUGCAGUUAUCUCAAGAAGAGCAGGAUAUGUUGGAAAGUGUCAGCUGGACAAGGUCGGUUCCUGAAAUAAGCAAAAGCCAGGAGUUUUCCACAGUCAAGAAAAAGGGGGUCUGCCGUUGGGGGUCAAGCAAGAGCACUGGUAGCUCUCCAACUAGGGAGUUCGGUGCAACCCAAAACUGGGAGACUAGGACUAAUGAUAUAGAUGUAAUAGAUGGGUUGAUUAUAUAGAUCUUGGAGUUUUUUUUUUUUUUUCUUAAUUAACCUCCAAUAUUGCAUUUUAUUUCAUUUCUUCAUUUACAUUUUUUCAAUUCUCUUUUCUAUAGUGUAUAUGAUCAUCAGUCGACGAUUCUGUAUCAUAUAAAUAUAAUA